AUGGCCUCGCGUCUUGCUGCUCGCGUUGCAUGGGUUGCAAAGCAGCGCCAGUGGCAAGAUGCACUGUCCCUCCUAGCGCCGUUGAGGCAGCAGCUGGACGAACCAUUAGCAGGUUCAGCCGCGCAUGCCCUGACCGUGGCGUGCACCGCCACAGCGACUGCCAGUCUUCGAUGCCUGUCAUGGCAAGUGGCCCUGGAAGUUCUUCAAUCCCUGCAGCCAGACGCUUGGGAUCAGGUGACCUUCUGCACAGCCCUCACUGCCUGCGACCGUGGCCUGCAAUGGUGCCUGGCUUUGCAACUCCUCGGACGCAUGGACAAGGAUGCUUUGGACGUGAAUGACUUUGUCGCCUCUGCAGCCAUCAGCGCUUGUGGAAAAAGUUCUUCCUGGACCGUGUCGCUGCAAUUGCUGGAACAGGUCUGUGUUGGGGAGUCUCUGGAAAGCUGGGGGAUCAGCAUCAAUGCGUCCAUCAGUGCACUAGCACAUGGCCAACAGUGGGCACAAUGCCUCGACCUUCUCAGAAGAUGCAUGGAGGCUGGAUCGAGUCUAGGCACCCUAAGAGCAUCUGCAUCAUCUAGGGACUCUGCCGAGGAGAGCAUGGCGAGCCGUGGCACGUUCCCGGACGUGGUGGCCUUCAAUGCCACCUUGGCCGCCUUGUCCAAGCAGGCCAGGUGGCCGCAGGCUCUCAAUGUGCUGCAUGACAUGUGCCAGUCCAGAUACCAGCCAGACGUCGUGAGC